AUGGAAUCCGUUCAAUCAACUAAUCAAGUAAGCCUUCCUGGUCAAAAGUCACCUACUUACGAAGCAGGACUAGUAUUAAAGAUGUUGAAUUAUGAACCAUUAAGAUAUCUGACGGGAGAUUCAACGAAUCAAGUCCUUCUUGUUAAGAAUAAAAAGUCUCACCAAUUAUCAACAAUAAAAAUUCAUAGAAAACACGAGAACAAUGUGUCGAAUCAACUUGAAUCACAUGUAAGCGAACUUAUCGAUUUACUUAUGCGGAGAGAUCAACAAUUUCCAUUUUGGUGUAAAUUUUUUGGUGUGAUUUUAGAAAAUAGGUUUACCGGAUUAGUCUUCGAAUUUAUUUCAGGCGAAACUUUGCAAUCUUUAGCUAAAAGAUCAGGUGGCAUGAAACCACAUGAAGCCAAAUUUUAUAUUGCAGAAAUACUCUUGGCUUUGAACUACCUUCAUGAACAUUCAAUCGUUCAUAAUGAUGUAGAAACGGAAAAUAUCAUGAUUACAGAAACCGGUCACAUCAAACUAAUCAAUUUCUCUCGUUCAGAAGUAGUGGAAUAUCAAGAGAAAUAUUGGAACAAGUACAAUAGAGUCUCUCGAUCUAUGAAUCCUUAUUUCAAUGAUUGGAUCUCUUUAGGUUCAGUGACUGAAGAAAUCAUUACAUCAGAUUAUAAAAGUUAUCCUGGUUGGGAAGAUUGUAUUUCAUUCAUAAAUCAAACUCAACAAGUAAAUGAUAGAAUCUCGGAUAUGAAUCUGUUCCAUCAUCCUUGGUUCAAAGACUUACAUUGGUAUCGUGUUAAGAACUUAGAAUAUCAAGCACCAUAUCUACCGGAAAUUUUCAGCCAAGGCGUGAUUGAUGUAUUAAAUUCACCUGCUAUUGAAAAGGAUGAAAAAUUGGAUGGAGAGGUCAACAAAGGUUCGAGAAUCACGAGAGGUACAAAAAGAGGAAAGUCUCAUGAUGGGAGUUCAUGCGCAAGUAUAGCUAUCAGGUAA